GAUGGGCAUAUCGGCAAUUCGAAAGUGAACAAAACAAAGGCGCCUAAUUCCUAUGCCUAAACAAGAGUCCACUGAUGACGCUCAAUCGCUCACGCCCCGAAUUCCGCCGUUCUUCGAUUUUAUUUAAAUAAACUAAUCGAUUGGAGCCUGUAUUUCUGAUUUCUUGCAACCCUUUUAUCUGAUUUGCAGCCGUCAAUCACGAUUCACAAAUCGAUUGGAGUCUGAUUUCUGAGUUUUUUGAUCGACAAUCACGCAUCCACGCCAUCGGAAGACGCUGGAAACCUAGAAAGACUAAUAUCUGGUUCUUUUGAUCAUUUCUGAUUUCAUGUGAUUACUAAUUUCUGAAAAAAGAGGAAGCCGAAUGGACGAGUAGUACUGAGGAGAUGGAGAUGUUAGGAGACAAUCGGAUUGAAGAUGUCCGUUGGUUAUGUUCCCUCUCAGAAUCCGAGUUGGAUCUACUUGUCAGCCUGAAGGAGAUGGCUAUCCAAAGGGCAUCUUUUAUCGGACAUGAAUCUUUGGCCAACAAUUUCGACUUAAAGAAGCUUAGAGAUUUGAGUUUUCUGUUAAUGCAAGUCCAAAAACAACAGUUGAAGGAAUCUGUUCAUGGAUGUGUGGAGAGAUUGAAUGUAGCAAGACAAGAAAUCAGUGAAGAAUUUAGAGAAAUGAGUGCAGAAGAGUUGAUGGCUUUCAUUGGUUCAGAUAGAAAGAAAAAGAUAUCUGAGUUGUUUGGUGAUGAUUUUCUUACAGGGAAGAAGAAGAAGAAGAGAAAAGAGUUGGGCCUGUAAGAACUUCAUUACAAUGAAAGGAUUUGGCAAGUUGGCCUUUAGGAUUUGGAUUGAGUUUAUGCCAUUGUUUGCUCUUUUUUUUAGGAUGUGUACACUGUUAUCCAUAUGUUUUAUAGAGAUAUAAAGGGAAAAUUACACUGCAGCAUAAUCAAUUGGACAGAUUGAAGGUACACUGUGAUCUAUUUCACGAAAGAGAGCCUCAGUUAGCAAUUGAUCAAGCUAUCGAUGGAUUGAAAAUAGUAAUCUUUUGAUGCUUAUAUUUCACUGAUGUGAUGAUGUUGUUAAAUUAGGAAAUAUAUGUUGAAAACUUGAAAUUAUUGACUAGUUGGUUGUGAAUGCUGCCUCUUCUUCUUCUUCAUCAA